CCGCCGUUCCCAUGCCUGCUUCCAAAAGAAAUUGACAGUAUUUGGUUUACUGUGGAUAAACCAUGUGAUGAUGAAAGUGAAUUAGCCAAACAAGAGCGUGAUUACAAUCAAUGGCUACAACAAAUAGAAACAAAAGACAAUACGAUAGUACCCAUUGGAAAGACA